CGACUGUGUUACGAUCCCAAAUCUUCACUCCCGACGAAAUCUAGAAUCCAAUGAGCAAUCUCGACUGACGCCUGCUUCACCAGAUUAUGGCGACGCCGGCGGGCCUCCUUCUCGCCUCGCCGCCGGUGAUAUCAGGUGUCGCGGCGAUGGCGGCGUGCGCCGCAAUGGCAGUAUUCUACGUCGCUGUCCUCUAUGCCCCGACGGUCAUCCUCCGGUUCCCACCCCCAACCUCACUCCGCACCUUCCUCCACCGUCGCUUCGCCUGUGCCGCCGUCGCAUCCGCCGCCUCCGUCCUUGCCACUGCGUCCCUCCUCCGAGUCUGGAGCCUCAGCGACUUCGCUGAUAUGUUUGCUGUGUUCGGCAUUAGGAAGGAUCACUUGAUUCAGGCCGUGGCUAUUCCACUUCUCCUGACAUCCCUAGUGUAUGCUGGGUCAUUCGUCGCUAGAGUGUGGCUCCUAGUGAGCUCGUGGGGCGGUGGCGAUGAGGUGGAGAUAGGCUGCGCACAGAGGCUUGCACAAUGGAUCCAAGCUGCUGUUGCGGAUGUUAUGGUUUGGCGGAACUAUGUAGUGGCACCAUUUACUGAGGAGCUGGUUUUCAGGGCAUGCAUGAUACCUCUUCUGCUCUGUGGGGGAUUCAAAAUGUCUACAAUUAUAUUUCUGAGUCCAAUCUUCUUCAGUCUAGCGCACUUGAACCAUUUUUUCGAACUACACCAGCAGGGAUGUAACUUUAUGAGAGCGCUAUUGAUUGUAGGUGUCCAGUUAGGCUACACUGUCAUUUUUGGGUGGUAUGCAACAUUCUUGUUAAUCCGAACAGGGAAUCUGUUAUGUCCAAUUAUUGCUCACGUCUUCUGUAAUAUGAUGGGUUUACCUGUUUUCUCGUCACCACGAACAAAAGGAGCGGCAUUGGUAGCGUUUCUGGCUGGUUCAAUAGCCUUCUUUUGGCUGCUUUUCCCUGCAACAAGUCCUGAACUGUACAACAGCAGUUUUGAUCGCUGCAGUUGCUGGCAUGGCUUUUGCAAUUGGAAAUAACAUAGAACUAGAUUGGAAAGCAAUGGGUCCUAACUUGAAGCUACUAACAAUUGAAACCUCCAGGCCCUAGCUGACACUUCUGACGGAUUUUCUAUUUGCAGAAACUCCAUAUGAAUGUCUUAAAACGUUUUGUAGAAAUGUGUCCCUUGUUUUAGCUUAAGACUCAAGAGCUUAAACUAGCAAAAGAUUGUAUUUUGCCACUUGUUAAAUACGUGCUGAUCAUGAAAUCGCUGUCAAUCCCUUCUCAAAGUGGAAUUUGACUUUGUUG